AUGGGAAUAUGUAUCUCUAAAACCUGCUGUAUUUGAAAACCUAAAAGAGCUAAAGUCUCCAUUGACCCUGAGUCUAAGGAGAAGGUCUCUGAAACUAAAAAUGUCAUUGCUCAUUCUGCGAAGGAAGUCAGCGUCAAACAAGUUGAAGGAGUUUUCAUGAAUGAAAAUGAAGAAGAAAAAUCUCCGGUUAAAGAAACACAGGAGGGAUCUUUCUGGGAUCUAUCUGGUUUGAACUCUUUUGUCAAUCACAUCACUGUUCUGAAUGAGUCAAAGAUGUGUUUCAGUAUGAACAAGGUUCUGAAGAUAUAUACCAUUGGAGGUGACACUUGCCUGGAAUUUCCACAUCCAAAGCAAGUAAACUAUGCUCUUCCUAUUUCAUUUGAUGAAACAACUAAGUCUUACCAAAAAGUGGCAACCUGUUGUCGAGAUGGCAUUGUAAGAAUCUUUACAAUCCCUGAUACAGACUCUCCUUUUGAAACUGGCUCUGAGAUAACCCUAGAAGGUCAUACUUUAUCAGUCACAUCUUGUGCUGCAGAUAAAGCGUCCAAAAUGCUUGCUACUGGUGGAAGAGACUACCAAACCCUCCUCUGGGAUCUCAAUACUAACAAACAAAUCAGGAGCUCAGAAAUUGAAAGGAAUAUGGUCACUUCAAUGAAGUGGAUCCCAGGCACUGAUACAUUUCUCCAAGCUAGUGAGGACCUGCACCUCCGAAUUUUCGAUACCAGAGAUAACUCAUCAGAAACCUUUGAUCAGCCACUUAAGACUAACAUUGGUGACAGCUUUGCUCAAACCUUAGACAUAACUCAAGAUGGGUAUUACUGAGUCACUGGACAUUCCCCAAACUAUGCAGUAAAACUUUGGGACCUGAGAAUGAUGGAAGCUUCAGCAGAUAUUCUCCCUGUCUUUACUGAUGAAGACUCUGAAUUUGGUGUUGUAGCAACUCAUUUUUGGGAAAACUCUAACAAUAAUUUCAUCAUUUCCUGAUCUAAAGACGGACUUGUCAAGGCCCAUAACUUUGAAGGAGCAAUACAAAGUUCCCAUAAUAUAGAAGAGAAUGAUUGUGAUGGUCAAAAAAUACCUCAAAACAUUGCUUGUAUGGUUCUGCUCCCAGUGACAUCCCAAGAGUACUUCUCUAAACUUCCAAAAUCAAGCCUUCCAAUAAUAACCUGCUCAAGUGCUCAAAAGCUACAACUCUUCGGGCUUUGCCCUAAAGAUCUCAAAUUCACCGUUUAUUCCUAAUAUUCAAAAUCUUUGAAAA